UGCCUUUCUUGUGAGUCGAUUGUGUAUGUGUAUAUAUAUUAAAAUUUGAAAUUCUUAUGAAGAGGAUGGUACGUGUUUUGCUCGUGGUGACAAUUUUGCUAUGUAUCUGCUGUAUUCACAGUGCAUCAGCGCAAGCACGUACAGUAGUUAAUCGAUAUCCCACUAGAGCAACAAGGACAAGACCAACCGCCGUCACAGCAGCCACAACUCAAGCCACAAAUUCUCCUAUUAGCGAGUCAUUAGAAAAUGACGAUAAUGAUCCUAAUAAUGAAGAUAUUGAUGGACGUCAAUACAAUUAUCAUCCCAUUGAUGUGAAAGAGCCCUACGUUUUAGAACAAUCCGAUCGACGCUUUAAAGAUGGUACCUAUGAAUAUAGAUUCUUAUUAAAUAAUGGCGUAGCACGUUACGAGAAAUCGUAUUGGGAGGGUACAGGCAAUGACACGUCUUUGGCGCGUAAAGGUUAUUAUUCGCAUCCAUUGAAAAAUGGCAAAUUUCUUACCAUCUAUUAUACUGCCGAUCGGGACGGCUACCGCGAAGAUCUAUCUACCUAUACUGACGCCUCACCCGUUUUGCCGAGAAGCCUAGAGAUACCCGAAAAUGAUGAUGUAGUUGAAACUUCGACAAACCCAAUCAAUUUAUGGAGUGUUACGCGUAAACCUAAAACUAAAACCAGAAAACCUAAAACUCUUAACGAAAACGAUCUGAUGCCAGAUGACGUUUCAUUAUUACCAUCGACCACUUUGCCGUCGUCUUUGUCUGUAGAAGAAGCACUAUAA